CCCCGUCAAUUUGUUCCUUCAUAUAGCUGUGCAGAGAGAAGAUUAAAUUUAGUCCACAUGAUGAGCAUCGAACUCCUUCAAAAAUCACAAAAAGAAUUGGAACUUACUCAUUGGAGAGAAUUAAUGGAUCAUCAUAUUGGAGUCUCGUCUUGUUUUUUAUUCUCUUUCUCUUGUUAUCUUGUACCCCUCUUGUUCCUUUGACCAUAUCCUACAAAAAUAUUCAUGCUAUAAAGAAUAUACAACACCAAAACAAAUGCAACAAUGCUAUAAAGAAAAUGAAAAUUUUGAGCCACCCAGAGAAUAAUGUGCCAAAUAAUGGAUUGUAGAAUGCCACAAGAGAAUGACAAUUUUGAGCUGUUACCAGUUAGCACUAACAACAGAAAUCAAUUGUGAACUGGGUGAUGCCUUGUCACAGACAUUUCAAUCAUUCAGCUUCAGACAAGGAUCUGGCGCAUACCAAGGACAAGUGUCGAUAUAGAACUGGUUACCUUUACAAUCAACAAAAUGAUAUAGAACUCCCUUUCAAAAAAAGAAGAAGAUAUUGAACUGGCUACUGGACAGUUGAAUCCUGAUGGGAACAGUUGUGCAUUGUCAGAGCUUGUGGCGAUAAACUCUUUCGCCAGAUAUAUCCAGAGAACAAAAAUGAAUUUGGUAACGAACAUAUUCCAAAUAAACAGUGUGAGUGCCUAUUCUGUUAUUCUAGCUUACGUGUAUGGACUCUACCGAUGGGCAAUGGGCACCAUAUUCUCCAGUUUGGUGGAAAUUACUUACCACAGAAUCCAUACCAUCUCUGUGCCUGCCUUUGAAUAAAGGAAAAAUAGUUUUUCAAAAAAAAAAGAAUAAAGGAAAAAUAUACAGAGAGGCGCCGCAGCUAUCGCUCCCUGUGCGGCGGUUCGGUCACGAUGGAAACUGCAUCGCCUCCCUAUAGGAACCGCGACAGCAGGUUAGUGACAACUACAAGCAACAUGUUACUGACAACUACAAGCAUCAGGUUAACGAAAAUGCCUUUCCCUCUUAUAAUUUCUAGGAGUAGCUUCUGAAUAUUGAUGCUGUAUCCUGCUUUAUCAAGCUGUUGUUAUGCAACCUAAAAUGACUGAAGUCAAUGCAGCCAGACUGUUUAUCAUUGUUGCAGGAUAUGCUGGAGUCUCUUGGAAAUACAAAAUGAUGCUGUAUCCUGCUUUAUCAAGCUGGUUUAUCUGAUGGGCUCCCUAAGUUCGUGAAGGCUGAAGGAUAUGCUGGAUUGUACAAGGGGAUUGUUCCACUAUGGAAUUCUGUGCUGGCACAAGAGUAUAUUCCUCGCCAUCGGGUUCAUCGUGUUCUUCGGCACCAUCGAGGCGCUGUACUUCUUGGCGUCGCUCAUCAAGUUCAAGGAAGGAGCCUGGGUCCCGAUCGUCCUCGCAUUCUUUUUCAUGAUGGUAAUGUGCAUCUGGCACUAUGGCACCAUCAAGAAGUACGAGGUUGAUCUCCAGAACAAGGUCUCCAACCUGCCUGCAUUCCAUCAGGUUAUUACAGUAUCUCAGGAUCUACAGCUUCAGCUCCAGCAGUUUCAGGAGUAUGCCAGGAAUGGGGUACCUGCACAGACUCUAACGGCUUCAGCAGUUGGUCUUCGACAGCAAGAUCGUCCGCCUCCACUCCACCAGGGUCUUCCACCUCCACUCCUCGAGCUCCAGCGGCGCCAGUCUGCGAGAGGUCGCCGACGCGAAGGGUGGGAGGUCGCGAGCCCGCCGGCGUGGGCCUGUGAGCUCCACCGGGUGGCCCGUCGGCUCCAGCCAGCGAGGGGUGCGGGACUCCGCCGGCACCAGGCGGCGAGGGGCGAGGGACUCCGCCGGCGCCGAGGCUGCGAGGGGUGCGGGGCUCCGCCGGCGCCAGGCUGCGAGGCGCGCAGGGCUCCGCCGGCGUCAGGCUGCGAGGCGCGCAGGGCUCCGCCGGCGUCGAGGCUGCGAGGCGCGCGGGACUCCGCCGGCGCCAAGCUGCGAGGCGCGCGGGACUCCGCCGGCGCCAAGCUGCGCGGCGCGUGGAUCUCCGGCGGCGGCGCGGAAUUUCGGCGGCAUCGAGGCUGCGCGGGCGCAGAAUUUCGGCGGUGUCGGGCGGCGCGAUCCGCCGGCGGGAGUCCCCCGCUGCCAGGGUCGAAGUUCCCAGAUUCCAUUGUCAUGAUGGUUGGUGAUGGUUCGUCCAACCAGCAACCCCACCCGAACGGAUUUAACUGGGCUGGCGGCGCUGUUGAAAGCGCGCUCCCAGUUACAGGCCUAAAUCCAGCUGCGCAACGCUACGUCCUUCCUGAGUUUGGAUUUGGCAGGUUGGACAGCGCCGGAAGUUGA